AUUUUACGCUUAGUAAUUGUAAUCUGUAGUUCUAUACUACUAUAAGAUACAAACAACAGGAUUAUUUCGUGAGAACAAUUUUAAGUUGUUUGUUCGAAGUACACUAAAGAAUUUUGUAUAAAUAAAUUAUUAUUCUUUAGCGGUAAUUAUUAUAAUACAAUUUCUUGUCAAAUAUGGCUACUGAAAGAUAUAGCUUUUCAUUGACCACAUUCAGUCCGUCCGGUAAACUUGUUCAGAUUGAAUAUGCUUUGGCGGCAGUAUCGGCUGGUGCAGCAUCAGUCGGUAUUAAAGCUUCUAAUGGUGUUGUAAUUGCUACAGAAAACAAGCGUAAAUCUCUGUUAUAUGAAACAACAGUAGAAAAAGUGCAAAAAAUUACACCCAACAUUGGAAUGGUCUACAGUGGUAUAGGACCCGAUUAUAGACUUCUUGUUAGAAAAGCAAGAAAAGAAGCAGCACAAUACCAAUUGAAAUUUGAAGAAGAAAUACCUACAGCUUUAUUGGUACAAGAAGUCGCUAGUGUUAUGCAAGAAUAUACACAAUCUGGUGGUGUAAGACCUUUUGGUAUAUCAUUGUUGGUGUGUGGUUGGGAUAAAACCGGUCCUAAACUUUAUCAAUGUGAUCCAUCUGGCGCCUUUUUUGCAUGGAAGGCCACAGCAUUGGGAAAAAAUUACGUUAAUAGCAAACAGUUUUUAGAAAAAAGGUAUAAAGAAGACUUAGAGUUGGAAGAUGCUAUUCAUACAGCAAUUUUAGCAUUAAAAGAAGGAUUUGAAGGACAAAUGACUGCAGACAAUAUUGAGGUUGGCGUUUGUCGUAAGAAUAGACAUGAUGAAAUCAUUUUUGAAAAGCUUGACCAACAACAAGUGGCUGAUUAUUUAGCUAAUAUACCGAACUAAGUUAAUGAUAUUUGUAAAUGAAUACCUACUAAAUAUUUAAUGUGUUUGGAGUUAACAGCUCUUAAAUUAUGUGAGAGAGUAUUGUCAUCUUAUAAAAUUUUUAAAUAUGUUUAUUAAUGAAACAUUACUCAUUUUUCAAAGUAAAGGCAUACGGUAUUUUGUAAGUAA